UAGGCAUCGAGCACCCCUCUAUAUAGUAUAGGUAUACAUACAGUAUUCCACUACCCCGCACUUUCACCACUAACAUUCAUCAUGUCUAUGCAGUGUCUUGCGAAACGAUACUGGCCAUUUUAUUUUAUCUCACUUAUCAUUCCUGAGCUAGAAUCCUUCCACAAAAGGAAUAAUUCCUCAUCGCCCAAGCUACGUAAAGCGCAAUGUCGCCUUCGCGCCGGAUCAAUUAGCUUUAAGCUAAGUACCUAAUCGGUGCGGAGUCCAAACCCGACCCCAUCAAGGUACGCAACAUCGAUUGUCCGUCUAUCACUCACUCCCUCGGUCCCUUCUGACUUUCUCACCUUUUCGAUCUGUCUUUUAUAUCGCACGGUACACACGAUUAAUAACGAAUACACGGCGAUAUGUCGCAGCUUAAAGUUGGAGACAAGUUCCCUGACGGGGUUACGUUUACGUAUAUUCCCUACUCGCAGGACAGGCUCGAGAUCAAUGCUUGUGGUGUCCCUAUCAAAUAUGAUGCUUCGAAAGAGUUCGCCGGAAAGAAAGUAGUUCUCUUUGCUGUUCCCGGUGCAUUCACCCCCGGUUGCUCUAGCAAGCAUCUCCCGGGCUAUAUCACCAAUCUACCCAAGUUGAAGGAGAAGGGAGUCGACAUCAUCGCCUGCAUCGCUUCCAAUGACCCUUAUGUGAUGAGUGCCUGGGGAAAGGCCAAUCAUAUCAUGAAUGACGACAUUUUCUUCCUCUGCGAUCCGGGACUUCAAUUUUCAAAGAAGCUCGGCUGGACCAGCGGUGACCGCACGAUGCGAUACGCUCUCAUUAUUGAAAAUGACGGCACCAUCUCCUAUGCUGAGAAGGAGACUACUCCAGAGGUCACUGUUUCUUCUGCCGAGGCAGUUCUCGCUAAGUUGUAGAGUUUCGCGCGUGUCUAGAUAAAUGGAAUAGAACUCGUGCGAGAUUUGACAGAAGACUCCAUUCAAUAAUAAAUCAUGAUAAUCUCUCGACACAUCUUGCUUUCUAACCAAUAGAUAUAUCUAGAUGUGAUUGCAAGAGGAAGGAUCAUACUUCAUUCUCGUCC